UCUUUUCACCUUUUGACAGCUUUCGUUUUUAUUAUUCACACCCUCAUUUUCUACUAUAUAUCCCAUUCUUCACCUUUCCUUUUAUUCACAACUUUAUUAAUUUAUUUUUAUUAACAUCAUAUCAUGCCUUCUUCUACCACUUGCUCUAACUAUUUACUACUGCUUUUUAUUCCUCUCCUAAUUUGCAUUCUACCUUCUUCUUCUUCUUCUUCUUCUUCUUCUAACUUCAACCAACACUUUCAAAUUACAUGGGGAGAUGCUCGUGCCAAAAUACUCAACAAUGACCAACUUCUUACUCUCUCUCUCGACAAAGCCUCUGGCUCUGGCUUUCAAUCCAAAAAUCAAUAUCUUUUUGGUAAAAUCGAUAUGCAACUUAAACUUGUUUCUGGCAACUCUGCUGGUACUGUCACUGCCUAUUAUUUAUCAUCAAAAGGAGGUGCCUGGGAUGAGAUUGACUUUGAAUUCUUGGGAAAUUUGAGUGGACAGCCAUACACACUUCACACAAAUGUGUUUAGCCAAGGAAAGGGUAAUAGGGAGCAACAAUUUCAUCUUUGGUUUGACCCUACUGCAGAUUUUCACACCUAUUCCAUCCUCUGGAACCCUCAACUCAUUGUAUUUUCCGUGGAUGGGACACCAAUUAGAGAAUUCAAGAAUUUGGAAUCAAUUGGAGUAGCAUUUCCUAAGAAGCAAGCAAUGAGGAUAUACUCAAGCCUUUGGAAUGGUGAUGAUUGGGCCACAAGGGGUGGACUCAUUAAAACAGAUUGGUCCAAAGCUCCUUUCACUGCUUCUUAUAGAAACUUCAAUGCAGAUAAUGCUUGUAUUUGGAAUAGUGGAAAAUCAUCAUGCACAUCAUCAAAAUCCCCUGCUUCCUCUGCAUCAUGGUUAUCACAAGAGUUGGAUUCAACUGGUCAACAGAGGCUGAGGUGGGUGCAGAAGAACUACAUGAUUUAUAAUUACUGUUCAGAUAAGAAGAGAUUUCCACAAGGUCUUCCAUUGGAAUGCACUCACUCUUAGUCCUAUCUAUAGGACUUCGACUUUAUGUAUCAUAUCAUUCUUUUAUUUUAUGUCUUAUAUUCAAUCCUUGUUUCUUUGUAUUACUAUUUAUUUAUUUUUUCAUUUCCAAUGUAAAAUAUCACGUGUUGUUGUAGCUAGAUCACCUUUGUAACUACACAUUAUAUAACAGUUAUUUUAUUUUUGUCAUA